GAUGUCAUCAGAUGAAGAGACUACUAGAAGUCCUGAUUUACCAAAAGAUUCAGACCAUGGUAGUUCAGUGUCUUCGGAUUUCCAGGAUGAAUAUGACCAGCUUCUUCGUUACGCUGUGGUAACUCCAAAGUUUGGGUCUCAUUUCCUCAGGGAACAUCAAAUGACUGCUGAGCAAACCACAAGUGACAGGUUUUCAAGUCCCAGAGAAUCUGUGUGCGAGCAGGCUCCAGAAAGAAGCCAUACUUCAUCAACACAAGAACUUCCACAGCAUUCAGAAAGACAUAUUCAAUUAGACAAUCCUGCAACUACAGCAGAUCUUUUGGGAUCAAGAAGUCAACAAGAGCAGAUAGUAUUUCAGAGAUCACCAUUUGCUUCAGGUCUGGAGGCCUUCUCUCCUGUUCACUCUGACGAAAUGUCUCUUCAUGGAUCCUCCUCUUCCUCAAGGUCCCAAAUGGAACAAGUCAGAGUAACAGAGCUUCCUGUCUCUGCUGAAAACAUGCAACAGGUGGAAGAUUUGCUUGACCUAUGGAGUGGUAAUCUUAAGACAAAUGUGAUUACUGAGUUAGGGAAAUGGAAACUCACAGUAAUUGAGAAUCACAAGCUGGAGAUGAAGCAACAGAGUGAGAAGCAUGCUGAACACAUUACUCAUCUGAGCAACCAGAUAGACAACAUCAAGGGCUUGCUGCAAACCUAUGAAACAUCUAUACGCAGGAAGGAUGAGGUCAUUUCUAACCUGACCCAUGCACUGGAGAAGCACAAGGAAAAGAUCGAGCUCAUGCGAGCGUUUACCCACUGGCGGCUUCAGCAGAUAGAAGCCAGACAAGAGGAUUAUGCAUGCAGUCUGGCUGAUAGACAUUACAGAAAGGUAUUGCUAAAGAAUAGCUGGAGAACCUGGCACUCGGCUAUUGAAGUAAAUUGGAAAGACAAGGUGGAGCAGGCAUGUCGAGCCCGAGCUGAAGAAGUGUGCAUUCAGUUGUCUAUUGACUAUGAAGCGAAGGUUGCACAGCUGAAUGGAGCCAUAGAAGAUGCAAAAGCAGAAGUACAGCGACUUCUUGAGGAAAGAGAUCACUUUGAAGGCACAAUGAAGAAAGCAUUCAUGCGGGGCGUUUGUGCGUUAAACAUGGAGGCAAUGUCAAUGUUUCAAGAGCGGGAAAUCCACAUGGGCCACGAUCUUCCAUCAAGGAGGGACGACCUUGGCUCUAAUCCUUCUGUAACAUUUCAGCAACCACCAGCCUCUGCUCCUCUAAUCUCCUCUCAACAUGAUGUUCCUUUACCUGUCCACUCUCCAGCUGGCCCUUCACCUUCUGACCAAAAUUUUAGAUCUCACUUUGGUCCAUCAGGUAUUUCCCAGUCUAAGGAU